CGCUCUGUUCCCUUCACUAUAACGGCAGCCUCCCGCCGCCCGUGGCCGUUAUAUUUUGGAAAGGACACAUCCGGGGCUGCCGGCGCUCGUCUGCUCUGACUUCACAGAGCUGCUGGCGAGCAGGCGGAGAGGAACGGCAUCCGAAAAAAGCGACUUGGAAAAACUACUUAGCGAGCUCCCCGUCUCGGCCUUGAGGGGGCACCAGCAUGAGUCAGGAGUCACUGGAGUCUGAUGGAGACUCUGCUCAGGAUGUAUGUGACUUUAACUGGGAUGAAUACCUGGAGGAGACUGGAACCGUGUCCGUGCCCCAUCACGCCUUCAAACAUGUGGACCAGGGUCUGCAGACAGGUCUGAUUCCAGGCAUGAAGCUGGAGGUGUGUGUGCGCUCAGAGGCCGACAGCCCCUACUGGGUCGCCAACAUCAUCACCACAUGCGGCCAGCUGCUGCUGCUACGCUACGAAGGUUACCAAGAUGACCGGCGCGCAGAUUUCUGGUGUGAUCUCAUGACGGCAGACCUCCACCCACUGGGCUGGAGCCGCCAACAUGGAAAGACCAUGAAGGCCCCUGAGGGUGCGCGUGAGAAGCACCAGGACUGGGAGGCUCUGCUGGAGAAGGCUCUGGCUGAGGAGUGCAGCGCGCCUGCCAACCUACUGGAAUUGCCCCAGCGUGGCAGAGACCCAGUGGAGCUCCUGUGCGCAGGCUGCUAUGUGGAGCUCCAGGACAUCGCUGACUCAGGGCUUGCCUGGGCUGCAGAGGUGGAAGAGAAUGUCGGAGGGCGACUGAAGCUGCGUCUGCUUGGCACAGAGGGCCUGCCAGGCACACCUGCAACCGUCUGGCUCUUCUACCUCCACCCACGCCUCCACCCACCGGGCUGGGCCAAAGAGCACAGCUGCACCCUCAGGCCUCCCUCAGAUCUGUUGGCACUGCGGACAAAGGAGGAGUGGGAGGAGGUGAGGCAGAGGAUCAGUGACCUGCCUCAGGACGAAGCUCUGACUGCGGAGCUCAGUAAGGAUCAGCCUGCCAUCCCUGCUCAUUGUUUCAAGGAAGGGAUGAAACUGGAGGCUGUUGACCCUGCUGCUCCUAUUUCCAUCAGGCCUGCCACUGUCACCAAGGUGUUCAGUGAGCAGUACUUCCUGGUGACGAUGGAUGACCUUUGUGGUAUGGAGGAGUCAGAAGGUGCAGGACGGUCCUUCCUGUGUCACAGAGACAGUCCAGGGAUCUUCCCUGCUCAGUGGAGCCUCAAAAAUGGACUCCCUCUCAGCCCCCCACCAGGAUACCAGGGUCCAGACUUUGACUGGGCCGAUUACCUGAAACAGUGUGAGGCUGAGGCAGCUCCUCAGCACUGCUUCCCAACUGAGCAGUGUGACCACAGCUUCAAAGAGGCCAUGAAACUGGAGGCUGUCAACCCGCUGUCACCUGAGAACAUUCAUGUGGCAACAGUCAACCGGGUCAAAGGCCAGUACAUUUGGCUGAGUCUGGAAGGGCUGAAGCAGCCCAUGCCAGAGUUGAUCGUUCAUGUGGACUCUCUCGACAUCUUCCCUGUCAGCUGGUGUGAGACAAACGGCUAUCCACUCAUCCAUCCCAUCAAACCCACAGUCGAGAAAGAAAGGAAGAUUGCUGUCGUGCAGCCAGAGAAACACAGAAAUCCACCAAAGUCUAUGACACCUGACGCUAUAAGGCAGCAGAUGGCCCACCAGUCAGAAACAGGAUAUGGGAAUGGCAAAUACUGCUGUCCCAAGAUAUACUUCAACCACCGCUGCUUCUCUGGGCCCUACCUCAACAAGGGACGCAUCGCCGAGCUGCCUCAGUUCAUCGGCCCUGGAAACUGUGUCCUCGUCCUCAAAGAGGUAUUGACUCUGCUGAUAAACUCUGCGUACAAGCCAAGCCGUGUGCUGAGAGAGCUGCAGCUGGACCAGGAGAGCCGCUGGCAAGGCUAUGGAGAGACACUCAAAGCCAAGUACAAGGGGAAGAGUUACCGGGCCACUGUGGAGAUAGUGCGCACUGCAGACCGUGUGGCAGACUUCUGCAGGAAAACCUGCAUCAAGCUGGAGUGCUGCCCAAACCUGUUUGGACCUCGCAUGGUUCUGGAGCGCUGCUCUGAGAACUGCUCUGUCCUCACCAAGACCAAAUACACAUAUUACUAUGGUAAGAAGAAGAGUAAACGUGUGGGCCGUCCACCGGGGGGCCACUCCAACCUGGAGGGUGGAGUGAAGAGAAGAGGGAGGAAGAGGAAGAGGAGGAAGCAGCUCUUUGUCCAUAAGAAGAGACGCUCCUCAGCCUCCGUGGAUAACACACCUGCUGGUUCUCCACAGGGCAGUGGAGAGGAAGAGGAUUUAGAUGAAGAUGAUUCCCUGAGUGAAGACUCUGGCUCAGAGCUGCAGGACGAUCUCCAGGAUGAUUCUGAACAAUCUGUUGGGAAGUCUCAGCCCACCACACCAUCCCCCUCCCCACCAGCGACACCCAGGCCCACACGCCGACGCCGGAAACCACGCUCACCCUCUUUCUCUGAUGAUGAGAACCGCCCUCCCUCACCAAAGACCUCAAAGACUGAGCCUCCUCAGAAGCUGUGUUUGGACACCAGCCCCCUGGAGUGGAGCGUUACUGAUGUAGUUCGCUUUAUCAGGAGCACUGACUGUGCACCUCUUGCAAGGAUUUUCUUGGACCAGGAGAUUGACGGACAAGCUCUGCUCCUGCUGAACCUCCCGACGGUGCAGGAGUGCAUGGACCUGAAGCUGGGACCGGCCAUCAAGCUGUGCCACCACAUCGAGAGGGUCAAACUGGCAUUUUAUCAACAGUUUGCCACGUAGCUGUCGGGGAAUGAACAUUGAUGGACACGAUUACAUCCUGUUCUGUGUAUUAAUCCUGUGAAAACACUGUAUUUUCCCAUUUUGACUUUUCCUACACUGGAUAUCCUUUAGAAUCCUGCAUAUACAUGAGACGUGAACACCAGAGGGUGGAGUGACAUGUCCUGAUCCUGGAGGAGGGAAAGGAAAGCAAAGUAGAGGUGCUCUUUAAGAGAGAAUAGCACAGGGGGGGGGGACUGAAAGAGGAGAAUUCAAGGCCCUUCUUUGUCAUAAAUAAAUCUAAAAGCCUUUUUUAAAUCCAACACACUUCAAUCUAUCAUGGCAGACAUGCUUUUAAGAUGAAACGAUUCGGUUUCUCGCCAUGUACUAACAAUGAUUUUUUACUCUUUUGUGUCUUCUGAAUGUCUUGGAUUCUCUGCUUUUAUUCCUCUUUUUUUUACAUUUCAUUUUUCUUUGAGGAAAGGUAAUUGAGCACCAGUGCUGCGACUCCAUUGGUCUGUUGUGUCCAAUCAUGACCUCCAGCGUGCCUUGCUUUCUCUAAAAAGGGAACGGCACUGAAUCACAGCUUUUACUUGUCACAGUCUGGCCUCAGAGUAUUUGGCACCUGCUGGUCAACAUUUAUUGUUGUCUGCUGGAGUUAGAAAAACCUGGUGAUUUCACAAUGAAGUCGUUUUUCAUCGAAAAAAGAAACAUUUCUGUGCACUCAA